CCGUACAGCCUCAAACAUAAAAAUCCUAUAAAUUAUCUCUCUAGACAUACACACACUCUCACUAAACAAACAGCCAUGGCUGACCAAGAGUCCACUCCUACAGCUUCCAUGGAUCCAUACAAGUUCCUCAAAAUCAUCCUCAACCCAGACGGUUCACUCACCCGCCUCAACCCAAUGCCCACUGCUCCCCCAACCCCCAAUCCCACCACCACCACAACCACCACCGCCCUCUCCAAAGACAUUCCUCUCAACGCCGCCACCUCCACUUUCCUCCGCCUCUUCCGCCCCCUCCACCCUCCUCCCGCCACCAAACUCCCCCUCAUCAUUUACUUCCACGCCGGCGGAUUCGUCCUCCUCAGCGCUACAUCUCAACCCUUUCACCAAUCAGGCGCCUCCAUGGCCGAUCAAACCCCAGCUCUAAUCCUGUCCGUCGAAUACCGUCUCGCACCAGAACACCGCCUCCCUGCGGCGUACGAUGACGCCGUCGACGCGAUUACGUGGGUCCGGGACCAAGCAUUGGGAAUCAACGGCUGUGAUGAAUGGAUGAGAGAUUUUGCUGAUUUUUCCAAGUGUUUUAUAUCGGGGAGUAGUUCAGGGGCAAAUAUAGCCUACUUCGCGGGUCUACGUGUACUGGAUCUGGAUCUGUCUCCUGUGAAGAUCGUAGGGCUGAUACUGAACCAGCCGUUUUUCGGUGGGGUCGAUAGGACAGAAUCACAGAUCAGGUUUUUGAAUGAUCGGAUCGUACCGUUGCCUGUUAACGAUCUGUUGUGGGCCCUGGCUUUGCCUGAGGGUGCAGAUCGUGAUCAUGAAUACUGCAAUCCGACGGGUGAGGAUGAGAAGAUCGGACGGUUGCCGAGGAGUUUGGUGACAGGGCAUGGUGGGGACCCACUGUUGGAUCGGCAGAAGCAGUUUGUGAAGAUGUUGGAGGCACGUGGGGUGCAGGUGGUGAUGAAGGUGGAUGAAGAUGGGUUCCAUGGUGCCGAGAUCUUCGAACCUCAAAAGGCCCAAGAUUUUUAUGAUGAUGUCAAUGGUUUCGUCAGCAAUGUUGUAGGGUCCAUGUCAACUUUGUAACAAGUCUUUGGAUUAAUAGCGGCCAGAAAAGUCUUUGGAUUAAUAUUAUGGGGUGGUUUUGGGUGAUGUAAAUUAGUGUAUUUUUUAAUUUUUUUUGUGAAAUAUGUGUUUAGUAUAGAUUGAAUUUGAAAUAAUAUAAUAAAGAGAUGAUAUAAUUUAAAUAAAA